UUUGCUCUUCCUGUUAGCUGUGAGAAGAUAGCGGGCGAGCGGUCAAAAAUAAUUACUGAUGUGUUUACAUAAAAUCGUCGCAUAAUUUUACAGGAACGCGCUUCUUUGGAGUUUCUAAGGUCCAUAUAUAGAAGGAGAAAAUGAUUCGCUUUAUCCUCAUUCAAAACCGAGCAGGGAAGACACGACUGGCAAAAUGGUACAUGCAGUUUGAUGACGAUGAGAAACAGAAGUUGAUUGAGGAAGUGCAUGCUGUGGUAACUGUCAGGGAUGCCAAACACACCAACUUUGUGGAGUUUAGAAACUUCAAGAUCAUUUACCGGCGUUAUGCUGGUCUGUACUUCUGUAUUUGUGUGGACGUGACUGAUAACAACUUGGCAUACCUCGAAGGAAUCCACAAUUUUGUGGAGGUGCUGAAUGAGUAUUUUCACAACGUGUGUGAAUUGGACCUCGUGUUCAACUUCUAUAAGGUGUACACGGUGGUGGAUGAGAUGUUCCUCGCAGGAGAAAUCAGGGAGACCAGUCAAACCAAGGUCCUCAAGCAGCUUCUCAUGCUCCAGUCACUUGAGUAGAAACCAGACAACCAUCCCUCCUACCUGCCCUCUAAUCUGCUGCCCUGGCACCUAAACCUUUUCCUUUUAUAUUUUACUCUGGAAAGGAUCCCCUAUCAUUUCCCUGCCUCUACAGAGCCAACACUUAAAGAACUUCAGGAGGGGGAUCUUUAGAAAUAGAAAUAAGAUAAGAUAAUAUUGUUUACAUAUACAAUAUAGAAGUUCAAGAUAAAAUCUUUUUGUCAUAGCAGUCUGUAUGUUGCAACAUUCUGUACGUGUUGUACUGCUAAUGAAGUCCCCCAGUAUAAAGACUGUACAUUUCAACAUGUUGACAUUUCAUACAACUCCUGAAUUACAGUCAGCUUUAUAUUGUGUUCCCUUUUCCCAAAGCCAGAGGCUGCAGAAAUGACUUGUUUCAUGUAGUUAGUCAUUGCAUUUAUCCCUGUGGAGUGUGGAAACACUGAUGUCAAUCCACCAGUGUGACACUGCUCUCUCCUGCCCUCCUCCUCUCCUUCCUUCAUUAACCUCAACAUUCAUUUAAUGGCACUACUGUAACUAACAAGCACCAUGUAUAAAGAGAGACCGCCCGUAAUGAUCCAGCGUGCAUUGAGAACUCACAAAAGCCUUGCAGUCAUUUCUAUAAACCCAUGUAAAGAAAGACCUUGCAUGUGUUUCGGUAUCACCAAGAGUCACCAAGGGUGCUCUGCAUUUUAUAUCUGGAUCACAGUACAAGCAAACUACAACUAGAAAGCCCUUUAGAGCAAUUGACCUAGCACGGCAAGUUCAUAAUUGAAUGGAGUGUACUUAGGAUGAGUGCCAUUUUGACGGUGUGUUAUGGCAACCUGUGCUGUGCCCAAUAUGCUCACGGCUAAUGAUGAUGAUAAAUGGUGUAGGUUAUGUUAUCUCAGACGGCUUCUGUAAUCAUUGCAUUUUAAAAAAAGAAGAGCUCAUUAUAUUAUAUGGUGCUUGUUGGUCACACUUAAAACACUCAAUACACAAAUGCACUCAGACGGAAUACGACCUGGAUAUAGAAAGUAUAUUUUACAUAAAGCAGUACUGUGAAGUUUGCUUCGUAUGGUGUGUACAUACAGUGUAUCUUGCGUAUGUCGAAUAUUGUGAAAUUAGCACAUUCAUUCCAGAAAAAGUGGUUCUUGCUUACUAUAUGGCCUGAGCAGCAUUUACAUGUUUAAGAUCCAUAAAUGUCUUUAGCAUCGCCUAAAAUAAAUUGGUUUUUAAAUUCCUCUAACAAGCCUCAUGAACUUUUACAAGAAAAAAAAAAAAAAAGAA